GUGACAGUGAUGCAUCCCACUCGAAGCGCCUUGGCAACGAUUACAGUGCAUCUGGACCCCGGAUGGCAUCAGCGCGAAGUGCGACAUGCAUCCUCGAAUCACAGCAAGUCGAAAAUCGCUCAAACAAGUUGGCCGUGGAGUGUGUGAUGGCUUGAGCAGAAGCUCCGGCAUGGGAUUCUCAACAUGGAAGGCUGGGCACUGAUGCCAUUCGACUGGUCUUCCCCUCACUGCCGAUCUUCAGUGGACAUGUCCGUUUUUUGACAACGGCCGCCAGGAGAAGAGCACGAGGAGCCAAGCAUCACGAAACACACCCCGCACACGCAUAAACUCCUUCCUGCCUGGACAGUGGCUAGCGCGCUGUUGGGGGUUUAUCUCCAACAUUCAUAAGCUUCGUUCCUUUUCGUCCCAUUCGUAUCGGCAGCUUCCCGAUCAGGGAGGUCGCAGCCAAGUCCGCCAAGCCAGGCCCCGGCGUCCCAGCCAAGUGCCGUUCCGAUCUCUCCACGCUCCUUUCUUUUUUCCCACACCCCUGGGCAACUGGUCCCCAACUACCGGUCCUGUUGGACAAUCUCGGUAUUGACCGCAUAUGUCAUGCAUUGGGGACCUGUGAAGGAUGUCGUGGAUGUCCAACUGCUCAGCACCGCCUUUGGAUUGGACAGCCUACCCGCUUAUCACGCCCCUGCCCAUUUCCCACCCACCCACCAUGGACCCCAGGGGGCAAAUGAUGGAUCAAUCCAGGAGGACGAAUGACUGGGACCCAAGGGGAAGUUGGCAAGGACCCAUUUCAGCAGGAAGCUGGAGGAGGCGCACAAAUGGGUGGUCAGCCACACAGCUCAUGUCGACGGACCAGAGAGGCAAAGCUGAAUAAAAGAGUGGUGGUCCUGGAACUGCUACACGCACCCACAGUCCCAUGUCCACACACCCACAAGCCCAGCCGGGACCUAUCAAGCGAAGCCCUUCUAGUGUGCUUCUCCUCUCUAGUAGGGUGGGCUAGAAUCCGAUCAGGAAGGAAGUCGUCUUCCACUCGCCUUGUUCCCCAAUCAGUGUUGCAUUGACCCAGAUCAAGGCGUGACCACUUGCCAGGUAUUCACACCUCCAGCUCGGGGGGGCCCCUAUUCGGUCUUGGCCAGUCCACCUUCCCAUUGUUGACAUGGGCCCGAUACUGGACCUAGCUGCCUCCCAGAUCCUCCAUCCAGCGCGCGACUCCGAGGCCGAACAUCGCUCGUCCGGUUCACGGCCAGAGAGAGGAUCGGGUAGCAUAAAAGGACGACGAGAUCCCCCUCAAACGGCUUUGAAGUUCAUCAGCAGCAUCAGCAUCAGCCCUCAGCUCUUCAACUCAUUCUCUGAUCUGCCUGUUCCUCUCGGUCCUUCUUCUUGCACCCACUUCAAGAUGCGUUUCUCUCUCGCUCUCGCCGCGGCCGGUUUGGCCCAGACUGCCUUUGCGGCUCCUCAACCUUCCCGCGGUUUCGGCUGCGGUGCCCCCGAGCCUUCCGAGGAGCUCCUCCAGGUUUCCCAGCAGUUCGCUGUUGAGGAAGCUCAGGCCCUCGCCGAGUCCUACCGCUCCGGCAACCUCACUGCCCGUGAUGUUACCGCCCAGGCCAUCUCCGUCAGGGUCUAUAUCCACGUCGUGGCUGCUUCCACUGCCCUCAGCGGUGGUUACCUCACCGAUACCAUGAUCAACAACCAGUUCAGCGUUCUCCAGUCGGCUUUUGCCCCCUAUGGCAUCUCUUUCACCCUCGCCGGCACUGACAAGACCGUCAACGCCAACUGGGCUGAUGACUCCAAGGGUUACGAGAUGACCAUGAAGCGCGCUCUCCGCAAGGGCACCUACAAGGACCUCAACCUCUACUUCCUCCAGAAGAUGGGUGGUAACUUGGGAUACUGCUACUUCCCCACCACUGCCUCGCCCGGCUCCACCGCCUACAUCCGCGACGGCUGCACCAUCCUCUAUAGCACCACCCCUGGCGGCAGCUCCACCAACUACAACCUCGGCCACACCGCCACCCACGAGGUUGGUCACUGGUUCGGUCUCUACCACACCUUCCAGGGCGGCUGCACCGGUGCCGGUGACUCCGUCUCCGACACCCCCGCCCAGGCCUCCGCUUCUUCCGGCUGCCCUGUCGGCCGUGACUCCUGCCCCAGCCAGGCCGGUGUUGACCCCAUCCACAACUACAUGGACUACUCCAUCGACUCUUGCUACGAGGAGUUCACCCCCGGCCAGCAGACUAGAAUCAACAGCUUCUGGACCAGCUACCGCCAGAACGCUUCCUAAGCGGCUGGUUUCCAGCCGGAGGACCAGGAGAGGGGAUGAGGGGAUGACGAUGUGGACGGUAUAUAGCUAGAUGGGAGGGAGCCAGAGAGGGACAUGAUAGAGAUGAGAUGAGCUGAGGACAUACUUGUACAUAGAAUGAUGCUGAUGAAGUAAAUAAGAUAUACACUUGCUUUGCAACUUUGGGA